AUGGUAGCCUUGUUGAGUAUUUUCCUUCUGAUCCCACUUAUUUACGGUGCUGUGAAUCCAGGUGUUCGUUUCACUCUUGAUCAAGCAGCAAUCGAAAACUUUAAAAACGACUAUUCUUCUACAAAUAAAUAUUGAUUUAUUUAUAUACCCAUUAAUAGCAAUUAAUUAAUUUUAAUAAAAUAAAUAUCAUAGGCAAUAACUUAUUAUAAAUUGGUAUAAACUUUCACAUAAAAUAUUUAUUUAUUAUAAAAAAUAUACAUCCAAAGCUAUAUUAAGAAGUGUGCAAGUUACAGUGUCAAGCAGCAUCUUGUCACCACUUCUGUGUUUACAUACAACGUCACUAAUCUCCAUUUCUCAAGCUUCACUCUUAAGCCAAGCAACACUCAGAUUGUGUUAAACCCAAAAACAAAUACGAUUAACUUAGCCAUAACCAACCUCAGCUUUGUCAUGAAUGGCAACUUGACUUUCUGGCUUUUGGCCUCAAGCAAAGGAACCGUCGAAAUUUCUUUGACAAAUGGAAAUUUCACGAUCCCACUUGCUGUCACUGUAAAUUCUGAUGGGACUUUAUCCGCAGCAGUUCAAACUAUACCAGUUUAAUUGUAUUUUAUCCUAAUUAUUUAUAGAAAAAAUAUAUAUAAUAAUUUAAGAAAAACAAUAUAUCACUGGUACUUUAAGCGCUAUUAAACUGAAAGUCCAUGCAAGAAACCCAAUUUACAAAAUGAUGCAGCUUGUCGGAGAUAUCUGGCCUUUCAAGACCAACAUUGCUUCCAACUUCUUCAGCACUAUGGGACAAUACUUAAGCCCAGCAAUAAAAACAAUCCUAGCUAAGAUUUCUUAUGUUGAUUCCUUGAAUGGCGCCAACAUGACAGCAGACUACCACUUCCUCAAUUUUGGAGUCUCCUCCUCUUAUAUUGAAGGAGAUCUUAACGGUACCUGCUAUCUUGGUCCGUACAUUGAGCCUCCUUACUAUGCAACUUCCCCUCCAAGCUUCCAGACCACUAAUACCUUAAAAGUCCAAUACUCCGAAUACUUCUUUGACACCUACAUCUGGGGUCUUCAGCAGUCAGGACAGCUCAACCUUUAUAUCCCAAGUGCAAAAGCUCCUAGUUCUUUACCAUUCAAAAUGACUACAACUGGCCUAGCCUCCAUUCUUCCUAAUAUUGCCAAAGUUUACGGCCAAAAUAUCCCAAUUGACACUUCUUGCCAAGUUUAUAACCCUCCAAACAUUUUUAUGACUGACGAAGUUUACAUUACAGCUCCUGUUUACUGUGACUUCUUAGCUAUGCAAAGCUCAACAUCCCACCCAGCAGCCUUCAGGCUCCAAUUCCAGCUAAAUUCAGUGCUUACUGCUACCUUAAAUGAAGAAAAGACUGGACUUUAUUUAAUUCCAAAUGUCGAUUCAAGCAGCACAACUAUCACUAAUAUUGUAGCCCAAAACAGUAAUAUUGGAAUUAUUAAUAUCAGCAGAGUCCAAAUGGCGCUUAACUGGUGCAUUUAUUCAAUUGCCACAUAUUUAAAUGAACAAUUGACACUGUCAGGAGGGUUCAAGCUGCCUGUGCCUGCAGGUGUAACAUUUACUGAUGAACAAAUUGUGGCCUACCCAGGCGCUGUGGAGAUUUCAGGAACUCCGCAUUUUGAUAUGAUAGUUGAUGAGAUCGUCAGAAAUCAUUAA